CUGGAGAGAGGUCAGUGCCUAAGGAGACCUGGUUAACGUGACCUCAGCUAAAUUCCUGGCCCUUUCUUCUCCACUGAGCUUCGUGGAUGUCUGCUAUCGUGACUGACUGAUCAAGCGUGCUGAGAAGGAGGCGCUGUCAUCGGAGCUGCUAAGAUGGGCAUGAGGAUCAAACUGCAAAGCACCAACCACCCCAACAACCUGCUGAAGGAACUCAACAAGUGCCGGCUCUCGGAGACCAUGUGCGAUGUCACCAUCGUGGUGGGGAGCCGCUCCUUCCCGGCCCACAAGGCCGUGCUGGCUUGCGCGGCCGGCUACUUCCAGAACCUCUUCCUGAAUGCCGGACUUGAUGCCGCCAGGACCUACGUGGUGGACUUCAUCACCCCCGCCAACUUCGAGAAGAUCCUGAGCUUCGUCUACACGUCGGAGCUCUUCACGGACCUGAUCAACGUGGGGGUCAUCUAUGAGGUGGCCGAGCGCCUGGGCAUGGAGGACCUCCUCCGGGCCUGCCACUCCACAUUCCCUGACCUGGAGAGCACUGCCAUGGCCAAGCCCCUCACCGGCCCCGGGGACAGUCACCCUGCGGCCCUGAGUUGCCCCUCAGCCGAACCUGCCCACCCGCUCGGCGAACUCCGCAGCGGUGGGGAGCACUUCGGCCCUGACAGAAGCUACGCAUUGCCCAGCGAUGCCGGCGGAAGCUACAAAGAGGAGGAGAGGAGUGUCGCUGGCGACACCGGCCACGGCCUGCCUCUGUCGCAGCCGCCGCUGCCACCAAAGACAGAAGACCACGAUGCUCCUGCUGCCUUCCCGUCCGUGCCCAGUCUGGUGGGCCAGCCAGCCCUAGGCACCGUCAGCACAGGCAUCCAGACCAGCGCGAGCUCCUGCCAGCCGUACAAAGUUCAGAGCAACGGAGACUUCGGCAGGAACAGCUUCUUCACCUCCGACAACGCGGUGGACGUCACCACGGGGGCCAACUCCUGUGUGAGCAGCAGCGACCACUCCAGAGAGCCGGGCUUCGGGCAGGUGGACGAGCUGCAGCUCGAGGACCUGGGGGAUGACGAGCUGCAGUUUGAAGACCCCACCGAGGAGAUCGGGGCCGCGGAGGAGGUGAUCGAGCUGAGCGACGACAGCGAGGACGAGCUGACCUUCGGAGAGAGUGACAGCCGCGAGAGCAAGGCCAUGCCCUGCCAGGUGUGCAAGAAGGUUCUAGAGCCCAACAUCCAGCUGAUCCGGCAGCACGCCCGGGACCACGUGGACCUGCUGACGGGCAACUGCAAGGUUUGCGAGACCCACUUCCAGGACCGGAACUCCCGGGUGACCCACGUCCUGUCCCACAUCGGCAUUUUCCUCUUCUCCUGCGACAUGUGUGAAACGAAAUUCUUUACCCAGUGGCAGCUGACCCUGCACCGGCGGGACGGGAUCUUUGAGAACAAUGUCAUCGUGCACCCCAACGACCCCCUGCCCGGGAAGCUGGGUCUGUUUCCAGGGACAGCCUGCCCGGAGUUGAAGUGUGCUGCCUGUGGGAAAGCAUUGGCCAAAGAUUUCCACGUGGUCCGGGGCCACAUCCUCGACCACCUGAACUUGAAGGGCCAGGCCUGCAGCGUCUGCGACCAGCGCCACCUCAACCUGUGCAGCCUCAUGUGGCACACGCUCUCCCACCUGGGCAUCUCCGUCUUCUCCUGCUCUGUCUGUGCCAACAGCUUUGUGGACUGGCACCUGCUGGAGAAGCACAUGGCCGUACACCAAAGCCUGGAAGACGCCCUCUUCCGCUGCCACCUGUGCAGCCAGAGCUUCAAGUCGGAGGCCGCCUAUCGCUACCACGUGAGCCAGCACAAAUGCAACAGUGGCCUUGACGCACGGCCCGGCUUUGGGCUGCAGCUCCCAGCUCUGCAGAAGCGGAAGCUGCCGGCCGAGGAGUUUCUGAGCGAGGAGCUGACUCUGCAGGGCCAACCUGGGAACAGCAAGUACAGCUGCAAGGUCUGUGGCAAAAGGUUUGCCCACACAAGCGAGUUCAACUACCACCGGCGCAUCCACACGGGCGAGAAGCCGUACCAGUGCAAGGUGUGCCACAAGUUCUUCCGGGGCCGCUCGACCAUCAAGUGCCACCUGAAGACGCACUCGGGGGCCCUCAUGUACCGCUGCACGGUGUGCGGCCACUACAGUUCCACCCUCAACCUCAUGAGCAAGCACGUGGGCGUGCACAAGGGCAGCCUCCCGCCCGACUUCACCAUCGAGCAGACCUUCAUGUACAUCAUCCACUCCAAAGAGGCCGAGAAGAGCCCGGACAGCUGACUGGCUCCCCGUGGAGCCCGGGGCAGCGCCCGCGGGGCAGCCAGGACGCUGGUUUUCCCGACGCCCCUUGGGCCCUCCCCAGCCAACAUUGCAGUUUUGCCUUGCUAAGAAUUCUGUUCUGUGUUGUGUCGAAAGGAGAGAGAGAGAGCACACGAGCCGUUGCCGUCUUUUUACGAAGCGGCGGCCCUAUCGCAUUUACCUCCACACCCGCUCUUGCCCACGAGGGGCGUUUCUGAUUCCUUGGAGGCUGGUUUUGGGAUCUGGCCAAGCAGCUGGUGUCGGCUAGAUCCCUGGCCCAGCCUCUCCGGUUUUAGUUUACUGAUAGGUUUUAUGCUGCUAAGAAUCCAAUCGACAGCCUCACCGGAAGAGAGGAGGUAGAGAGGUUUUCGUUCACUGUGGGUGUUAGUGCCAGACCUCCAACCGCGACAACCAGCCGUGAGAAGGACUGGGGGAAUGUGGUCCUACAGAGAAGCCUGGGCAGCAGGCCCGCCCCCCGCAGGGCCCAGCGCCAGCCCGCAGCAGGGAAAAGGUGUCAGGGAUGGAGGUGCCUGCUGGCUCCGCGGCCCUAAUCUGCUGACCGGACAGCGAGCAGCUUUGGGGCAGCUCGAUCCAAACUGGGACGGAGCUUUCUGUUUAGGUCAGGAAGCUUUGGGAUGAGUUCUUGCCUGCCGGAGGGGUGUCCUGCAGUGCCGCCUGCAGUGGAAGCCCGGAUGGACAGGAAGGGAGGUUGCUCUUUUCUUCUCAUUUCCAAAGAGACAUGCUUUUUUGCGGAGUGAUGGCCCAGGAUGCCGGGGCCCCGCUGUGGGGCAAAAGGACGAGGAGCCACUUCGAUGGAGUCACCUGUCGCUCUGGCCAGCUCCGUCGGCCUGGAUUUCCUGGUGGGGAGGUGGGGAUGCCUCUGACAACAGCAGCCUUGCCUUAAUUUAUGUUUGUGCUCCCACCCAGAGGUGUUUGGCCAGUAGCAGCGACGAGAAGAGCCCAGUAGGCAGUGGCGUGGUGGACUCUGAGCCCUCCAGGAUGAGAGGGACCGAGUGCGUGGUGGUGUGUAGCAGGGUGUGUGUUCUGUUUGUCCCGGUUGGGCAACCUGUUGUUUACUUUGUGCUAACAGUGCGGCUGCUUCGGCCCACUCACCUUUGACCUGCUGGAAUUUAUCCCGAUCUGUCUGCCCUUGCAUCACCUCCAGGGGGCGCUGUUGGAUGACGGCUGCUUCAGGCCCUCCCUGGAUGUCUAGGACCAUGGGACCAGUGGCUCCAUUCUUAGUUGGUUUUUGCUUAAGUCUUGCCCAAAGAAGGCUGGAGGGAGGGCCCCUGGACCUUGUGUACCCGCAAGGUGGCACCUCAGUAGCUCAUACUACCUCAUCCUGCUCAGGAGAGCUCUGGGAGUCCCUGCCCCGGGGACCGUGCAGCACCCCGGGCUAUUUCACAAGCAGGUGUUUUAAGUAACCCACAGAGCCCUUUUGGACCUUACUAUUUAUUUAUUUGUUCUGUUUUGUUUUCAUAUACACAUUCCCCAGCAUCUCUUCUGCAUAAGAGACUUCAGGAAAAUGCGUUUCUUCUCAGCAAGUAGCCAUAUUCUGGGGACAGUCCUGCCUGGAGAUUGGAGGCUUUAAAACAGCAGGUGCUUUUCUUCUUCCCCACCCUUUGGAGUAGGUGUGCGUUCUGGAAGGCCGGGUAGAUUCCCAGACCCUCCAUGCCCCUUGUGUGGUCCUGGAGUCGGGAGAGACUGGGUUGGGGGGGCGGGGUCACACACAGGGCCUCCUCCACAUGGAGACGCGCGAGGCACCCGCAGCUCUGUCCCCGUUGGACCCCAGGCUGGGGCGCCUGGCUGGCUGCUGGGGUGCCCGUCAGAUGGAGGGACUUGUCCAGUGGCCAGUUGAGGGCCGACCCUUGACCCUCGCCACCCGGCUCAUUCACGGUCCCCUCGGGACUUUCUCCUCGGGCGAGCGGUGCCGAGGCUUCUCCUUAGGACUGCUGGCUUCCCAUUGCUCGACGCUGAGCUCUGGGCGUUUAGGCCGUGAGGGGCAGACUGUGGUCAAGUUGUGUGAGCUUCGUGAGCAGGCAUGGCUGGCAAGGACUGACUGAGGGGGCGGUACCUGUGCAGCCCAGCCAGGCCUCUGGGGAUGGAAGACUUGCUGGAGAAACCCUUUCCUUAGCGGGCAUCGGGGAUGCCGGGUGGUCUGCGUACCUAACUGAAACUGUGAAACUUGCCCUUGCUGCCAGUAAACCAAAAAGCGGACCCUUGGAACACUAAACUAAAAACAAGCUCUGCGGCCCCCACCCCGGCGGUGGCUCAGGAGCUCCGGGCCCCCUGACCAAAGCCCUGCCCAGCGGCAGCGCCCCGUUCCCGCCUGGACUCUCCCUGUGUCGGGAGCUGCCUUUGCUUCCUCCGCCUCCAGUCACCUUCUGAAUCGUCUUACGCUGUGUUGGCGAGGGCCCUCGGGGCUGGCCGGUGGGAGGCACUCAUUCCAUUUUGCCGUUUUAAUUUUUGGCCCUGUGCCCGUUGAGUCGUGUGGUCCCGUCGUCUCCUGGAGCCCGGGUGACCUCACGCGCCCUCCCAUCCCCCGUUCUCUCUCUCGUUCUGUGCUCAGGACCCACUCCACUGUCACGGAGCCCUCGUGUUCACGUGACCGGGACUUUGAAGGUGACAACUAUAGCGCGUUAAACCCAAUGCAGGCUGCUUCCCAGUUCCCUAAGGGCAGGCGGAGGUACUGCUGUGGCUCCCUGGGCUGAGCACCCGGGGCUGCUUGCGGCCAGAGGGUGGGAUCAGUACUCCGGUGCCCGGUGAUCCUGGUGUUGGUCCUAACCGUAAGACUCCGUGGAGUCCCUCCCUGCGUUCGUGGCUACUUGGGAAGAAAGGAGGUUGGUGGGGGCUUGGCCCAGGUGACCCUCAAGAACCAGGAAAUGGGUAAAAGUUGUUGACUUCUCUUUAGCCCUGUCAGCACCCCUCUGAGUCCCGGACAAGCCUCUGGGCCUCCACACCUUCUUCCCAGUCAGGUUUUUGCUACUGAUGACGUCUCCUCUCCUGGUCUCCUGCUGUGCCCCGUUGUCCAGACCCCAGACUGCUCAACCUCAGAAGUGGGUCUCACUCCCUUUAUUGAUAGACACUGAGUCUGUUGGCAUGGGAGUGGGCCGUGCCCCCCGGGGGUCCCCCCUUGUCCUCUUGCCUAGCUUCGCACCGGCCAGCUGAGGAGGUGGUGGGGUUACACAUCACGCGCUGCACAGUGAGAAGGAAACUUUUGAUUUUGAUGUUUCUUUAACACUCUCCCCCCAGCCUGGUCCGCUGCGCAGCUGUACUGGCUAAAGUCUCUUAUGAAACAGACGAGUUCUUAACGUCCGACUCCUUCCAUUAAAUUAAGAAGUACUGACCUCCUAAUAUUUAAGUGUUUACUAUCUAUUGCUGUAAAGUUUUGUAUAUUUUGUAAACUUCUUUUCCCAAAUAGUAGAUGUCUAAAAUCGUUGUACAUCUGAUUCUUUUAUAUUCCAUUGUUCAGCACAAAGUGUGGUUUUUAUUUAG